AUGUCGGUGACAUCUACGGUGGAGAACCACCGGAAAAAUCCUUCAGCGUCGGAGAAAACGCCGGAGGAGAAGAGGAAGAGAAGAUGGGUGUUUUGGGAAAGGAAAUGGAGGAGAUUAGAUUAUUUCAAAUUAACAGCUUCGUUGAUUGUGCAUUCUCUUGCACUUAUGGCUCCAUUUUAUUUCAAAUGGUCGGCUCUUUGGGUUACGUUCUUGUUUUAUACGAUCGGUGGUCUUGGUAUUACGGUGUCGUAUCACCGGAACUUGGCUCAUCGGAGUUUCAAAGUCCCUAAAUGGCUCGAGUAUCUCUUAGCCUAUUGUGCCCUUCUCGCUAUUCAGGGAGAUCCGAUUGAUUGGGUGAGUACUCAUAGAUAUCAUCAUCAAUUUACGGAUUCGGAACGUGAUCCACAUAGUCCUAAAGAAGGUUUUUGGUUUAGCCAUCUUCUAUGGAUAUAUGAUUCUGCCUAUCUUGUUUCCAAGUGUGGAAGAAGAACAAAUGUGGAGGAUUUGAAGAAGCAAUGGUUUUAUAGGUUUCUUCAAAAAACUGUGUUUUUUCACAUUCUAGGACUUGGUCUCUUCCUCUUCUAUCUUGGUGGCAUGCCCUUCGUUACUUGGGGAAUGGGUGUUGGAGCAGCGUUGGAAGUGCACGUGACAUGCCUCAUAAACUCACUUUGCCAUAUUUGGGGUUCUCGAACUUGGAAGACCAAUGACACAUCUCGUAAUGUUUGGUGGUUAUCGGUGUUUUCAUUUGGAGAGAGUUGGCACAACAACCACCAUGCGUUCGAGUCCUCGGCUAGGCAAGGACUCGAAUGGUGGCAAAUCGACAUUUCGUGGUACAUUGUUCGGUUUUUUCAAAUUAUCGGUUUGGCCUAUGAUGUGAAACUACCUACGGAAUCUCAACGACGUCGUAUGGCUAUCGUUCGUUGA